CUCGUCCCGAAAGAUACCCAACACUGACAUGUCUCAUAGACUCAAACCAAAGGCAAAUUCCUUGAAUCCGGACAGUCGACGGGAGGUUCAAGUCUAAUGCUCAUAGAAGCGCUUAUAGACACCCUGGAGCAGAUUGCACUAGCGGCAUUGAGGGCGAUCCAUUGUGCUCCUUACGUGGUCGUUUAACCCGCCGCCGCGUGGGAACGGGGGCAUGAUUGAUCUGAUUCGUGAGACAUCUCCUUUCUCCGCCGGACAAGCCUGAAAUUGUCAAGAAGAUGCUGAAGGCCCUCAGCCGGACAGUCCAGAUAAGAUCGACUCGCAGCCAAAAGAACCUCAUAUGUCGGACAGCGGCAACAAGUUCUCGUGGUUUGUGCCGACGGUGUGGAAAGGCCAGCUCGACGAUGACAUGUCGUGCCUACUCGAUCUUGAUGCCGAGGGCUGCCCCGAGAUUGACAUUGACCGCGACCUGGACGAGAUCUCAAUCAACGACCUGGACAAUUCCUGCGUCGCGGCGCCUGUCACCAAGAGGCGAGGCCUGCAGGGGCCGGGCGAAGCGGCUCGCGCACGGCGGCAGAGCGGUGGCAGCUGUCCUGUCUUACCUGGCGACGGGGGAGAUGGAGAUGGCGGGAGCGGCAACGACGGCGGUCUAGGCGACCAACUCGGGCCGUCCAAGACAGCCACCUACCUCAGCGGCACGCCGUCGCCCACGUGCACAGCGAAUUGUGGCACGUACUGCACAAACUUCUGGUGCCGACCCGACCGGACACAGGCCAGCCGCCGCACUUCACCGAGCUAACGCGGCUGCCUCCCACCACCACCGUUCGCCCUCCUGCCGCCUUCUCGAAUGUGCCACCACCGCCCGCCUC